CAAAUUAAAAGAAAAAAGGAGAGAGAAACCAUGGCUUUUUUGGAUUCUAAAGAGACUCGUUCUAAUGAAGAGCAAGAGGAUUCAUAUGCUCUUUUGGCCAUGCUUCAGUGUUGUAGCCAAAUCUACUGUGCAGUUCUCAAAGCUUCGCUUGAGCUUGACUUGUUUGAGAUCAUAGCUAAGGAAGGAGGACGACACGUUUCAGCUUCAGAAGUUGUCUCAAAGCUUCCAAGUUCAUCUCAGCACAAAGACUUGGCUUUGAGGAUCGAUCGUCUCUUGAGACUUCUUGCAAGUCACUCUCUUCUGAAUUGUUUAGUUCGUGAGAAGGAGGAUGGUGGCAUCGAGAGACUCUAUGCGAUUUCUCCUGUAGGAAAGUACUUUGUUAGUCAUGGGGACGAUGAUAGUGGAUUCUUGACUCUCUCAUUCAUUUGUCACAAGGCACUUAUGGAUGCUUGGAUGAAUUUUAAAGUGGCAAUUGUAGAGGAAGACAAUGACUUAUUCAAGAAAGUCCAUGGAAUGCCAAUGUACCGAUACGCUGAGAUAGAUCCAACAUGGAACAACAUUUUCAACAAAGCAAUGGCCAACCGUUGCAACAUAGAGAUGAGAAGAAUAUUAGAGAUAUACAAAGGAUUUGGGGGAAUAUCAACACUUGUUGAUGUUGGUGGUGGAACUGGCCAAAACCUCAAAAUGAUUGUCUCAAAGUAUCCUUCAAUCAAGGCCAUCAAUUUUGAUUUGCCCAAUGUUAUUCAAAAUGCACCACUUCAUCCAAGGAUCGAGCAUGUUGAAGGGGAUAUGUUUGAAAACGUUCCGAAAGGUGAUGCCAUUAUGUUGAAGAUAUUAUAAAUGACCCUAUGUCUCCUACUAAUCUUUGAGGGGCAUUAUUGCUUUUUGGAUAAUGGAAGCACACUUUGAUCAUUUCUUUUGAGGAGAUAGCUCAAGCCAUGAUAGAGGGAAAGCACAGAGGCAUAUGAAUUUUAAUUCCUAAACAUAUGCCAACUAGGGAUGCAUAUUCUUCCAAUUUACUUGCUCUGAUGUUUUAUUAUGUAUAUUUAAAAAUUGAUAUUGCCAAUUAGGGGUGCAUAUUCUUUUGAUUUACUUGUAGUAAUGGCUAUUGUUGUUGAAAAUUAUAUUUUGGGCUCUAACUUGUAUGUACUUUAUGUGUGAGCAUUUGGAAAAAACCAAAAUACUAGUGCAAGCAAGGAAAAAGCUUA